ACCGCACACGUUUUCUUCCGGAUUGACUUGAGAUGCGAGGACAGGAGUAGAAUCAGAUCUAAACUAGAUCUAGUCUAGAUCUAACUCCUUGAUCUAAAUUUUAGUCCAGAUGUAGAUCUAGAGUCUAAAUUAAUAGAACGAAUAUUGCAAAGAUAAAAGAUGGAUGCCCCACCAAAAGAAGUAGCUUUUGUCAAGCUACUGAAGGGGUACAAGAGAAAGCUGAUGGAAGCGUUAUACAUUCAGUGGCAGGCUGGCCAGCACUGUGAUUUGUUCAUCCACACCCUGGACAAAAUAGUCGCUGUACACUGCUGCGUUCUCUCAGCCUUCAGCUCCAAGAUUGAGUCUCUCGUCACCAAACAAACAUCUUCCUUGGUUGACCCCAACAACUGUUACGCCAUCGAGGUCACUUUCAGCCACGUUGCUAUAGAAACUUUAGUGACUGCUAUUUACACUGGCGUGUUCCAGCCAGCCGUAGCUGACUUACAAGAAAUACAAACAGCCGCUGAGUGGUUUAACAUCACAGAGGUACUUGAGCUUCUACAGAAUUAUUUCGAAGCGAACAUUUUAGCUGUGCCUAUAAAAAUUGAAAGUGAAGAUUUAGAAUUAAAUGCGUGGGAUGUUUCUACUUUACAAGACUUGCCUAGCACGGGCCAGAUAUCUUAUCCUAUGCCCACUCAUGGUGUUAAUGGCAGGAAACAAACUAAUAUAGAUUUAAACAGAGAAGUCAUCAUAAAAAUAGCUAGACUGGACGAUAUGUAUCCGGAAGUGUUUGAAAAGCAAGGGUUUGUAAGUGUGAGCAAGACAAAGAUGUCAAAAACAAAACAAGUUCAAUUCAAAAGAAAGAAGAGCCAGACGAAGGAAGAUUUACAAACUGAUGACACCUCUUCUGAAAAUGUGAAAAGAAAACGAGGCCGACCCAAAAAGUCUAAGGUGGUUGAUUCUGAGAACAACAAUCAAAAUAAAAACAAUCAAGAAAUAAUAUCUAUAGCAGCGGAGCAGCCAAACUUAGAACAAAGUCAAGAGAAACCUGAUAGCCACUGUGAACCUGACCAGGCAGAAACAGUUGAGGCUCCAAGUACUAAGCUUAUAACGUACAGAGAAUUAAAAGAUGGGAUGGUGAAAUGUAUCCUGUGCUAUGAAAAAUUCAUGAGCAUGGAUGAAUACGCUAGGCAUGAUCACAAAAGUCCAUCCUACAAAUGCCACUUAUGUCACUGUGUAUUCUAUCGCAAUUUCAACUUGACCAAGCACUUCAGAACAGCACACACCAACCAACCACACCUCGUGUGUCGCUUCUGUGGUCUAAGGUGCAGUGGUGAGACUGGGCUGAGAAGACACACGUCAGCCGAGCACAACGAGGACAGGCCGUUUGCGUGUGAACAGAGCGGGUGUAGUUUUAAAAGCAGGAAGUACGACCAUCUCCUGAAGCACAAGCUCAUACACAGCAAUACGAAGCUUUUCAAAUGUGCCAAGUGCGGGCAAGCCUUCUCCCAGUCCGCUGGUCUUUUAAGCCACCAGAGGGCGUGUUACCGUACCCAGUCGUACCUUUGUGAUCUGUGUGGUCAAAGUUUCAACCAUGCCUCCGGUCUUAGUGUCCACAGACGAGCCGUCCACUUUAAGGAGAAGCCCUACCUCUGUUCCAAAUGCUCUCACACAUUCAGCGACCACCGAAAUCUGCGCAGGCACAUGCGCAUCCACGAAAACAGUUUCCCGUAUUCAUGCCCAGAAUGCUCAAAAAAAUUCCGGCAUUCGAAUUCCUUGAAGGCCCACGUAGCGUCAAAACAUAAACAUUUGAAGAAUUUUGAUAUCUCCCUCAUCACAGCAACCACGCUGCAGUGCAACAAGCUUGGAGGCGCCAGCUACAAGAGAAAGCUUCAGAGAUACGAUGAGAUGUUUGACCUUGAACUUGUAUUGGACGAGUCGAAGAGAAUUGAGCAGUUCACGUGUGGGUCCCCGUCCACACUAGUGGACAUAGAGAACAGCAGUUUUUCUUUGGAGAGCAUCACUGACCAGCGCGAGCUGAGUGCCGAUGCCUCAGCUGAUGAGGCCUCAGCCCCGGCGCCGAAGGGAGACUGCAUGUUUUCUAGGAAUUCCCCAGCAAGCCAGGGUCAGCUGCCUGGUCACUUGACCCAGCCUAUGACCAUAGUGACCGCAGCAUCCCCCACCCCAGGCAUCAGCACUGCUCAGACGCAAGUACAGGCGAACUUGUUGAACAGUGUCAUGGUGUUGAAGGAAAGGGCAGCUAAAACUGAAGCUCCGAGUCUCAAACUUUUGGCGUCUGGUUCGCCCACUAGAGUGGUUGGGUCAGCUUUGAACUGUCAUUCACAAAUAAAUACGGUUGGGUCAGCUUUGAACAGUCAUUCACAAACAAAUAUGGUUGGGUCAGCUUUGAACAGUUAUUCACAAACAAAUAGGGUUGGGUCAGCUUUGAAUGGUAUUUUACAAACAAAGGUGGUUGGGUCAGCUUUGAACAGUCAUUCCCCCACAAAGAUGAUUGGGUCAGCUUUGAACUGUAUGCCACAAACAAAGACUGGGUCGUCUGCGGACAUUGAGGGGCCACCACUGAGAAUGACCAAUGCACCCCAAGUAGCUGACCGCUCACCCCUGAUAGCCCAGUGGACUGAAGUGAUAGGGAUCUUCUCGCCUUCCAGCUGUUAACUGCUCAUCUUGGUCGGACAACAAAACACACUGUUCAGAGUUUAGCUGGCCCUAUUGGUUGGA